AUGUUCACGCUUUCACUUGCUCGGCGGAUAGGCGCAAUUCGUCUGCCACCCCGCGUUCGCGGCUAUGCUGCCCCGCCACCGUCUGGUCUCACAGACGGCGAACGAACCAUUUACACGAAGUUAACAGAGAAAUUCGAUCCUGCGGAGCUGCAAGUCCAGGAUGUCUCAGGAGGUUGUGGUACAUUUUAUCAGAUCAUUAUUGCCAGUGGGGCGUUCAAGGGGAUGCCGACCGUCAAGCAACAUCGUAUGGUGAAUGAAACCCUGAAGCAGGAAAUCGAGGGUAUACACGGUCUGCAGUUGACUACGAGAGUUGUGUGAUUACGUGUUGUGCAUCUUCACAUCCACACCUACUGUUCAAUGCUUCACUUGCAUAAUCAUUCACAGGGACCGGCAAUACUGAGGGUCCUCUCAAUGAGACUCACGACUUCAUCCUUCCGAGUCCUAUCAUGCAUGAAACUCAGCCACAAGAACCACCAAUAUAUAUAUUCCUGACGGCUA